UAUCACUUCUUAUGAAUUGUUCUUGUAUGCUUGAUAUAUCUAAAAGUAUGUAAAGUAUAUGACAGUUUAGCCCAAGGGAGGAGAUGGUGAGGAAAAUUAAGAAGUCCGUAACGUUGGUCUAGAUGGCCUGCUGAUCAUUUUCAAGACGUUAUUUACAUGACCUGGUAUGUCAGAGGAUUUACGGGAAGAACUGGAAGUUGUCCAGUCCAUUUACUGUCGGCAGGGAGAGUGUAUCAUCAAUGACACGUUAGGCAGUCCAGAACUAGAGGUGAGGCUUCAAGGAGAAGGGGAUGUAACUCUUACAGUCACAGUCAGAAUGCAGUUUCCUUCCUUGUAUCCAAGGCAACUACCAACAGUUUCCUGUCAAUGUGAAGACAGGUCGUUGUCACGGGAACUGAUGACAAGUCUCACUGAUUUAAGCACACAGAUACAGGGUACCCCCAUGAUAACUGACUUACUGGCUCGAGCUCAGGAAAUGAUAAAUCAUCGAGUCUCAGUUGAAGCUCAAAUCACAGACAACAAUCUUGAUGAGAUUGGUAGUCAUCAAACACCAGCACCCUCAGAGGCCCAUGGAGGGGGAUCAGUGAAAAAGGACCAAGGGGAGGGGACAGUUACAGCAGUAUUGUUGCUGGACCAUAUGCGGUCCAAGACUAGAUACAUCCAAACCAUCCAAAAAUGGGUCACCAGUCUAUCUAUACAAGGCUGCCUGGUCUUUACAGGAAAACUUAUCUUUUUAGUCCUUCAAGGACAUUCAGCUAAUAUCAAGGAGUACAUCAAGUUACAGAGGAGCAGCAAUGUAGAUGUGGACAGCCGAGGGAAGAAAUGUAAAGAGCGAAUGAUGUCCGUUCUUUAUCAGGGAGUCGUGGAAGGAAAGGGAUUCCAAGACUUUGAAGUUAGAGAGUGUAAAAGUCAGAUGGAGAUAGAGGAAAUCUUCCAGCAGACAGAGUUACUGCCCUUGUAUCAGGAACACAUUCAGCCACUGUUGAAGUCCUCCAAUAUUCCACUGACCAAAUGAGUGACCAGGGCAGAGUUUUAACCAUUUAUCAGGAUUACAAUUAACAACUUACUUAGAAUUUUCAAUUCAUCAUAGACCAAAUGAGUGACUGAAGCAGAAUAAAUGUUCUUGAUUCAUGUGACGUUCAACCUCUGCUGAAAUCCUCCAAUAUCCAUCAAGAUUAUUUUAUUAAUGGGAUUCUUUACGUGGGGAAUACCUGAAGUUGAACAUAAUCUGAUGCUUUACUACUGUCCUAAAAGGAGGAGGGGACAUAACACACUCACUUCAUAUCUUCACAGCAUUGCAUUUAUCUUCAUAUGUGUAAUGAAAAUGAAUUGUUCUUUUCAUCAUGCAUUAUCCAUACCAGAAAAUGAACAGUUUUUAACCACAGAAACAGAACUUUAAAAUUAACACAUGAGAGUUUACGCCCAAGUAAUUACUUGACCAGUGCCUGGGAAAAGUGACCACAUCAAAGUGUUGAUGACAAGAAAUUGUCAGUAGUUAUAUCUGGGUGAUAAUGUUACCAUUAUGUCAGACUUUGUAUAAGGAGAGCAAUUCAGCAGGUCUCCCAUUUGUUCUGUGUGUUAGAAGUUAUUAUGAAGUGUUGACAUAUUUCCUCUUUACCAGUAUUGUCUAUACAUUGUGUACAUCUUGGAUUCAUUGAGUCAGAUGGCAGUUUGGCAGGACAGUA